GCCUUAUGAAAAAAAGCUAACAACAAAUAAAUUUUAAUUUCUGUUGAGGAUUGCGAAAUUAUAUUAUUUAGUGAUAAAAAAAAUACAUUAUACCAUACCCAAAAGUUGUCUUAUGCUUAAAUUUGAGCAAGCAUAUUGCUAGUAAUAAGUUAAAAGUUAUUAAAUGGAAAGUUGAUAUCCAAAAACAUGUUUAAUUUUCAAAAGACCAUAAAGCUUCUGACCAAAGUUAUUACUGCUAAUCAAAUGGCACUUUUCUCAUCGCAACCAAAACAUCCUUUCACGGUUUUUGUCGAAGGAAAUAUCGGCAGUGGAAAAACCACAUUUCUCAAGCACUUUGAGAAAUUCAAUGAUAUAUGUUUGUUGACCGAGCCAGUGGAACGCUGGCGAAAUUUGAAUGGCGUUAAUUUAUUUGACUUGAUGUACAAGAAUCCAGAAAGAUUUGCAAUGCCAUUCCAAAACUAUGUCACUUUGACCAUGCUUAAACUUCAUAUUCAAGAAACAAGCAAGCCAAUAAAACUCAUGGAACGAUCAAUGUUCAGUGCUCGUUAUUGUUUUGUGGAGAAAAUGCUUAGUAAUGGAACUUUACAUGAGGGAAUGUAUCAUGUACUUCAAGAAUGGUACAAUUUCAUUCAUGAUCAUCACCACGUUCAAUGUGAUCUGAUCGUUUACUUAAGAACAUCGCCUGAAGUUGCUUAUGAACGUAUUAAAAAACGUGCUCGCGAUGAAGAAAGUUGUGUUCCUUUCGAAUAUAUCAAAGAUUUACAUGAGCUUCAUGAAAAUUGGCUAAUUCAUGGACAGUUUUUCCGACCAGCUCAAGUUUUAGUUCUUGAUGCUAAUUUGGAUCUCGAAAACAUUAAUUCAGAAUAUCGACGAUCAGAACUGAGCGUUCUCAAACCUAUUAUGAUUGAAAACACAAACCAAAGUAUUACAGCUUCACCUAGCAAGAAGAGUGACCAAGAAAGAAUGUUUUAACAGUAACUAUACAAUUAUUUUAGGGACUAAAUAAAAUUCUUUGCGCUCCGAACAUAUUUUUUGAUUUUCGUACGUUUGAAUAUCUAGAAAAUAAAUAAAAGCUCCAAAAAUUAUAUAUUUUUAUGCAAUUCAUUGAAUAAAUAUCUCAAAAUAAUUUUGUUUUAUGAUUUUAUAUCUACGUAAAUU